UCUUGGCACAGAGAAAACUUUGAUAAUCGAUAGAAUGAAUGUACUGACCCAUUUCAUAGUUCUAAAUCAUUAGACAUGCUAUUUUGAUAUAUUUCAUAUUGUACAACAUAUCAAGAUGAAUUCUGAUCAAACAGUAAUAAAACAUGUUAAUCAUUUAAAUUCCAUAAUAACAUCAUCAAUUGAAUUCUUUUCUUUCACUUAACCAAAAACAUAUUAGAUGAAGUUUCAUCAAUAAUACCGUAAUACGCAUUGAAUAUGUCAUUAUAAUUUUUGGAACAUUCUGUAGAGUAUUGCUUUAUAAUCGUAUAAGGAAAACAAUUUAUCUAUUAGAUUAUUGUUUGUAUUGCAUAAAAUCAAUAAACAACCACGUAAAAAUAUAAAUCUUUUGCAAUAAAAACAGAAUGUUAUCUGCAUCAAUCUAAUUUUUCAUGAAUUUCAUACAAAUGAAAAUUGACAUAUAUGUACACAUCCAUGAUAUUCUAAAUACGAUGUCAAUGAUAUAGAUAUAAACAAGUGCAUGGUCCCUAUCUUAUUCUGUCAUGUGUUGAUACAUCUACUAUCUAUUUUAUAUAGCAGCAGAAAAUAGAAUUUUCUACGAACUUAUUCUUAUUGAUUGAAUAGAAUAGACUAGACUAGAAUAGAAUAAAAUUCAAAUUUUAUUUGAUGAUGAAACGAACCAUUCUAAUUCUUUCUAGAACUCGUAUAUAUCCAUCUAAUCGAAUAUAAUAUAAACAGUUUUAAUAUAACAAAUGACAAGAAAAGAAUAAUUUUAUCUUGGAUAAAAAUGUUUAUUGUUUUAACAUUUAUUUUUAUUUUUCAUUCUUGUUUCUCUAGUCAUAAAUCAUAUUUUGAUAUUGAAACAUGUGAUAAUAAUCGUUGUCGAUUACCUUAUUGUUAUUGUUCAAAUCAAACUAUACCAGGUGAUUUAACAAUACGUAAUACUCCACAAUUCAUUGCAAUAACAAUAAAUGGACCAAUAGAUGAUAAAACAUAUAAAUUAUUGAAAGAGAUAUUUUUUUCAAACAAAUAUUAUAAUCCAGAUGGUUGUUCUAUUAGUGGUACUAUUUUUCUUAAAAGUCAUAUUGAAACAAAUUAUUGUUUAGUUCGAAAAGUUCUAGAAUAUGGAAAUAUUGAAUUAAGUAUAUCAUCAAAUUCAAGCGAAUGUCCAACUGUUGAUUGUCGUAUAAAAGAAAAACAUGAUAAAAGUCCAUAUGUACCUUGGCGUUCAUAUCGUUUUUAUAAUGAAACAAUUGAUUAUCGUCGUAGAAUUGCUAAAUUAACUGGUCUUCAUUCAUCAUCAAUUGUUGGUUAUCGUUCACCUAACUAUGAAAUAAAUAAUAAUCAACUUCAUUGGCAUAUUUUACGAGAACAUAAAUUUUUAUAUGAUUCAACAUUAAUAACACAAGAAUGGGAUGUACCAUAUUAUAAUCAACAACAACCAACAUCAUUAACAUGGCCACAUACAAUGGAUUUUGCAGCUAAUUAUGAUUGUUCACAAAGUUGUUAUACACAAUCAUUUCCUGGACUUUGGACAAUUCCAAUACAUAUGUAUCAAGAUUUACAAGGACGAAAUUGUACAACAAUUAGUAGUAGUUAUUGUCAUAUAUUACCUAGAAAAGAUAAAUUUUUUCAAUAUCUUAAAUAUAAUCUUAAUCGUCAUUUACAUUCAAAUCAUGCACCAUUUAUAAUGGCAUUUGAUAAUUAUUGGUUAAAUGAACCAUAUACAUUAUGGAGAAUAGAAGGAUUAAAAUUAUUUAUUGAACAUACAUUACAUUAUCAUUCAAAUGAUGUUUAUUUUGUACGUAUUAUUGAUAUUAUUAAUUGGAUGAAACAACCAAUUGGACUUGAACAAAUGAAACAAAAAUAUUUAUCAAAUAUAGGAAUAAAAUCUAUUUGUAAUCAAAAAAUUAAUAUUGACAAUGAUCAAGAAUGUUUUAAUGAAAAACAAAAAAUAGAAACUUGGAAAUCUAAUAUGAUAACAAAUAGUCAAUCAUUAUUAAAUUUGUUUGAUACUGUUACAGAACCAUUAUUUCGUUCAAAUAUUGUUUUUUAUUCAACAAUUGGCUUUUGUAGUUUUGUUAUUUUAACUUUUAUAUAUGAUCGAUUUUAUAUUUCUUAG